UAUACAUUUCACUAUGCCCUAGUUUAGUUUCUCACUCACUCACUCUGAGAAAACAAAAAAUGGCGACUUUUCCAUUGAUUCAUCGCGCACGAACCACAAUGCUUUCUUCAUCUUCUUCCUUUUUUUCUUUGAAGCUACGUUCAAACUAUAUCCAUGGCAACCACUUCUGCAAAACCUUGAGUACUUCUGCAAUCCCAAACGAGUAUGGUAGAUUGCCUCCUCAUCAGGUUCAGCAACCACCCUCUGAUCACAAUCAACAUUUCAAUCAUCACAAUACUCAAAAUGCCCCUGGUCGAUUUCCUCAACAGGAUUGGAACCCUCAAAACCCUAAUUUCCGACCACCACAGCCUCCUCAAAACCCUAAUUACCGGCAACAACCACCUCCGCAAAACCCUAAUUUCCGACCACCACCUCCUCCUCAAAACCCUAAUUUCCGACCACCACCACCCCCGCAAAACCCUAAUUUCCGGCAACCCAUUCGUCAAAAUCCUAAUUUUCAGCCACCCAAUGGUCCCAAUCGAGGGAUUAACCAGAAUCAGUGGAACCCACAAAAUGGUAACCUUAAUCAAUUUCAAAACCCUAAUAACCAAUUCCAAACCCCUAAUGUUCAGGAACAAGCUCCUCCGCCUCCUUCGAUUGUUGAUUUGACACGUUUUUGUCAAGAGGGAAAGGUGAAAGAGGCGCUUGAAUUGAUGGAAAAAGGUAUUAAAGCUGAUGCUAAUUGCUUUGAGAUUUUGUUUGAUUUGUGUGGUAAGUCGAAAUCCGUUGAGGAUGCUAAGAAAGUUCAUGAUUACUUUUUGCAAUCUACUUUUAGGAGUGAUUUCAAGAUGCAUAACAAGGUGAUUGAAAUGUAUGGGAAUUGUAAAAGUAUGACUGAUGCACGUAGGGUGUUUGAUCAUAUGCCUAAUAGAAAUAUGGAUUCUUGGCAUAUGAUGAUUCGUGGCUAUGCGAAUAGUACUAUGGGUGAUGAGGGUUUGCAGUUGUUUGAGCAGAUGAAUGAGCUGGGUUUGGAGAUAACUUCAGAGACUAUGCUUGCAGUGUUAUCGGCUUGUGGAAGUGCAGAGGCUGUGGAGGAUGCUUACAUAUAUCUUGAAUCAAUGAAAAGUAAGUAUGGAAUUGAACCCGGGGUAGAGCACUAUAUGGGGCUUUUGGAUGUUCUCGGUCAAUCUGGAUACCUCAAAGAAGCUGAGGAGUUUAUUGAGCAACUGCCAUUUGAGCCUACUGUGACAGUAUUCGAGACCCUUAAGAAUUAUGCUCGAAUUCAUGGAGAUGUUGAUCUUGAAGAUCAUGUUGAAGAGUUGAUUGUUAGUCUUGACCCUUCAAAGGCCGUUGCCAAUAAGAUCCCUACCCCGCCUCCCAAAAAGUAUACCGCAAUCAGCAUGCUGGAUGGCAAGAACAGAAUCAUUGAGUAUAAGAAUCCUACUCUUUACAAAGAUGAUGAGAAGUUGAUUGCUAUGAAUAGUAUGAAAGACGCGGGAUAUGUUCCUGAUACAAGAUAUGUUCUUCAUGACAUUGAUCAGGAAGCAAAGGAGCAGGCCUUGCUCUACCACAGUGAGCGUCUAGCAAUUGCCUAUGGUCUUAUUAGUACUCCUCCUAGAACACCUCUUAGGAUUAUCAAGAACCUUCGUGUCUGUGGUGACUGUCACAAUGCCAUCAAGAUCAUGUCUAGGAUUGUAGGGAGGGAACUGAUUGUUAGAGAUAACAAAAGGUUUCAUCAUUUCAAGGAUGGAAAAUGCUCUUGUGGGGAUUACUGGUGAAGAAAAUCAUUACUCCAUAUCCUACAAUAUCAUGAAUAUAUAAAUUUCCAAGCACUGGUUGGCAUGUGCUCUGGGAAGACAGAUGUUGUGCAUGGAAGCUUUCAACACUGCUAGGCAAAGGAGAUGAGUGAAUUAUGUAGUAUGCACUGAUUUAAAAUGUAUUUGCUUCUUGUUCAGAUAUCAGCACUAUUGCCUCUCAUGUUUAAAAUUGCUUUUCUAUGGUUUUAUUUUUUUAAUAAUUUUUUGGUUCUAGCCACAUCAAAUUUAGCUCUUCUUUGAUCCAUGCAAGUAUGUAGAAGAAGUUUGUUUUUGAAAACAUGUUUAGGAACAUUGCUUGAAACUUCAUAUGUAUAGCUGGUGGUGUAAUGGGGGAAAAAGUAUUUUAUAUUGAAGUAUGGAAUUUUGAUACGAGACACAACAAAGAAGGCUUCUCUGAAGCUUACUGUAUCAUUUCUGAUUGCAAA